AAAGAAGCGGCAGAUGUCAGCCAUUUUUGUGGGCAAACUUCCAACACUCCGUUUUGGGAAGAUAUGUUUACACUGGAUUACAUAUCUUAAAAGUUUGAAUUGUAAAUAUAAUGUGCAACAAUUCUAGACAAAAAUUGACUGUAAAUAAAAAAUGCGUUAAAGUGAAACUCCAUGAAUUAUAAGUACAAGUGUUUGGAAUGUUUACAGACUACCUCAAAACGCUACUCCUUGACUCAAUGUGAGAAUUCGUUUUCAAAGUAAUUUUAUAUUCGCACAUUUCUUUACCUUCCGACAUGCUGUCUGUCCGAAAAUCUCGCCUGUGUUUUCUGUCACUUUAAUCAUUUAGACGCAUCAUAAUUGACCCGGAGGCUGCUAAUUAUCAGUGAAAUUUGAUAAGUGGAACAGGUUUUAAAAAAUGGCUGCUACAUUCGAUCAGUAUGAUAAAUCUAGUUGGUAUUUUGGAGCGAUGUCGAGGCAGGAUGCUUCAGACUUGCUAAUGAGCGAAAAGGAAGGCGGUGUUUUUCUAGUUCGAGACAGCAAGUCCAUACACGGCGAUUUCGUACUUUGCGUUAAAGAGGACAGCAAAGUUAGUCAUUACAUCAUAAACAAAAUGCAACAAGGCGAUCAGAUUCGAUAUCGAAUAGGCGAUCAGACAUUCUCCGAUAUUCCCAAUCUUUUAGCAUUUUACAAACUUCAUUACCUUGAUACAACGCCACUUAUUAGGCCAGCACUCAAAAAAUUGCACAGGGUAAUUGCAAAAUAUGACUUUGAAGGAAACGAUCCUGAUGAUUUGCCUUUCAGAAAAGGAGACAUUUUGACGAUAAUAUCAAAGGACGAGGAACAAUGGUGGACAGCAAGAAACAGUCUCGGUCAAGCGGGUUCAGUGCCAGUUCCCUAUGUACAAAAAUACGACGAAGACGGACCCGUUGAAAGCAAACGACCCGAAAGUGGAGGAAGUUCCAGUUCUAGUUCGAAUUUAGGUCUGUCGACAACUCAGGCCACACAUCCGGAAUUCUCAGUGACACCGACAAAUCGUCGAGCGAAUAUUCAAAGACCACUGCCUGCAUUCGCAAAAGUGAAACAAGCUCGAGAGCCGAACGCUUACGAUAAAACGGCUCUGAAACUUGAAGUCGGCGACAUAAUAAAAGUAACAAAAACCAAUAUUAACGGUCAAUGGGAAGGUGAAUUGCACGGGAAAGUUGGUCAUUUUCCUUUCACGCAUGUGGAAUUUGUCGACAAUGACCCCAAUGAAGAGGCGCAGGAAAUUUAACAAACAUCAUUUUAAAAUAUACUCGCGAUUAUAUUUUAACUCUAGCAAACGUUGGCAAGUAUUUAUAAAAGUAAUUUUUCGCUAAUAAGCCUAGAAGAAGGAAAAAUUGUGAAAGUUAUCGAAAAGACUAAAAAAAAUGUGUGAUGGAAAUGUUCAUUAGUCAGUAUAAUUUUACCAGCACACAUUAUGAGAGGGCAUAUUUGUGAUUAACAACAUAUAGAUAGUAUUGUGUGGUAAAUGCAAACUUUAUUUUGCUGAAAAUUUCGAGCCUUAAACAAACAUUGACGAACGUCAAUUUUUAAUUAACAACACACCCAGCCUAAAAGAGUGAUUUUUAAACGCUUCCCCAGAGAUCAAUUUGUAGAUCUUCCAAUAAAAAGCGAGCACAAUAUUAGGAUUAGAGAAACUUUCAUAUCAAUAAUAAAUGUGCGCAAAAUGGAUUUUAUUUAAGCGGUGUUUUUAAAAAAAAAACAGUGAUGAUGAAAUUUUGGCAGUUAUGUUGAGGCAGCAUUUAACGGAGAAUUUUAGCCAUAAACGAUGAUUGUAUAAAGGGAAAGGAAGUGAAGGUGCCAUUAUUGUACAUUUUGUUAAUUGAAUGUCAAGAAUAAUAUCUUGAAAGCCAAAUCACCAAAUAAAAUGAGUUAGAGAAAAGUCACCUCAUUAUAAUUUAAUGCAUAACUGUACAUUAAUUUAAUUUUUUUUUUUUUUGAAGAUUUUUAACGAAUUAUUGACCACAGUUGUUACGAUACACAUCUGUAGUUUGCAUUUCUUUGUAUUCGAUAUAUUAUAUAUAUUAUAUAUAUUUUUUAGACUAGGAAUUAUAAUAAUUGUAUGUGUGAUGUAUACAUGAAAAAAAGAUAAACAAUUGUAUGAUCAUUAGGACAAUGUAUAUUUUUCUAAGCAUGGAUUUUCUUUUUUAUAACAAAUCAAUUUUAUUGAUAAAUGAUUAAUUUUUAAUUAAUCUCCGUUACGUCGAAUAGUCGUAUUAUAUAUAACAAAUGAUAUUACAAUGUAACGGAAUUCGUCUCGUAUAUAAUAAUAAAAUUUACAGUUAAUAUGUAAACAGCAGUAUUCCGCGCUAUAAGUACACACAACUUUCCAGGAUUUCAAAAAUUUUAAUUAAUGCAAUAUUAUUAUUAUUAAAAAGCAAACCUUUGUAAAAAAAUAAACAAAGAAAAAACAAUAAAACAGCUAUUAAAAACUAUUUACAAUAGUGUUGCGCUACUUGAGGGAAAAAAUUUUUGGUAACUAAUACAAUUCUUUUUAAAUAAAAUCAUAUGUUUGACGCAAUAAUUUUGCCUUUGAUAAAUGAGUCAGAAUUUAUCAAUUAUUAACAGGGAUUUUUAUUCAAAGUACUCAGGGCUCGAACCAGUAAAGGUAUUUUAAAAUACGGACCUAAAAAA